UUGAGUUAAUGAAUCCUUAGCCCUGAUACUCUUGAAUUGUAUAAUUACUGUUCUGUGGCUUAAUUUAAACAAAGUGCUGCUGGCUACAAAAUGUGUCACACUCUCGCUACCCACCUCCUAGCCUGCUUAACCAUUGCCGUCUUGUCCACCCUCUCUCUUGUGGAAGCUCAAGGAGGUCCUGUUAUGUGUGGUAACACAAUGUGCCUGAAUGGUGGCACCUGUGUUAACAGUAUGUGUGACUGCUCUGGUAUUGGAUACACUGGAGUGCAGUGUCAAAUAGCAAUGGACUGUCCCAUGGAGGCUGCAGCUGGGAUUUUAUGGCGACCAAACACGCCUGGGAUGCUAUCAAGUGUAGCAGCAGUGCCGUGCAAUAUAGCUUUUCUUGGUCUCCAAGCUGGUACCAUCACCCGUACAUGCACCAAUGGAACCUGGUCUCCCCUUGACUACUCUGGGUGCUCAUUCAAUGCUGAACAAGUUGAUAGCCGAGCCUUCAUGUUGAUAUGGAUACCAUUAGCUGUGGAUGAGCCACAGUUAACAUCAGCACUCCCUCAAGUCAAAGCCGAGAUAUACCGGCUGCUCAGUGUGUCCUCUACCCUUCCUCUCAGUCUGCUCAGUACGGUAGAGGUGACCAAGCCCACUACCUACCUUAGUGCCACUUUCCUGCUUACACUAGCAAUGAGACAACCCUCUCCUGGACUUGUGGCUACUCUGAAUGUGACCGGACCUGCGUUUGAAGCAGGUCAAGCUGUUAUUGGUGGACUGGCUACUGCUGUGGGCGCACCGUGGGGUGUACAAGGAUUCUAUGAAGCAGACUCCUGCCUCUGUAAACAACCCACUGAUCAAGUAUUUCUUGGUCUCUGUGAGGACAUUGUCCCAAUCCCAGCCUGCUCUUGUAAAGACAUGAACAACACUUGUCGGUGUUUCUUCCCCUACUUCAUUGGAGAUGGUGAGACUUGUACUGUGGAUGAGGACGGUGAUGGCUACCCUAACGUGCUCCUCGAGAGCUGUGCUGACCUGAGCAGUGAUCAAAGAAAUGUCUCGUAUUGUAUACCUGACAACUGCCCCUCUCAUUAUAACCCGGCUCAGGACGUGACCAAGUGUAUCGCACCAUUAGGCUUUAGUAGUGGUUGUCUAAUGGAAGAGGACGAAGUGUGGGAGGUGUCCUGGGGGAACACUCUACCAGGGCAGACUGACAUGCAAAGGUGUCCUCAGGGACCUGGUUUCAUUACACGAGACUGUAGCCCCAAAGGAUGGAUGAAAGCACAGGCUGACCAGUGUGGAUCUUAUCGCUUUUCACUACUACAAGAUGAUAUUAUGUCUAUAUUUGACGAUGACGAUAUUGAAACAAGAUUAGUCAACUCUGUCGAUAUCUUCGAUGAAGUCAGGCUCCAAACAGCACCUCUAGGUAGGCGUGUCUCCAUCCUACCAUCAGACCUGGAUGUCUCCAAUCAGCUGAUCAACACAAUUCUUGAGCUGCUAGAGGAGAUACAAGAGGGGGAGAUUCAAGUCAGCAUUCCAAAUUUUAAUGUAUUGGACAUUAUGAGCAACAUACUAGCAAGUACCAAUCUCAAUGGAUGGAUUUCUAUACAGCAGAGGGCUGCUGGUAGCAGACAACUAUUGGACAUUGCAGAACGUUACGGUCUCUACCUCUCAAGAUCUGUCGGAGAUGACGACAAUGAUAGAAGGCUGUUUCAAAGUGACAAUGUUGUGUUGAGCUAUCGUAGCACUAACCCUGACACUGACGGAGACCACAUGUUCCCAGAGGCAGAGGAAGACAUUAACAGCACCUUCACCUCCAUACCGGCACAAAUUUCAAUUCCUAUGAGCUUCCUUAGAGAGCAAAUGGGAAGAAAUCGCACAUCAGUCCCCGUGAGUACCAUCCUGUACAGAAAUAUGGAGCAGGUACUACCUGUGACACGGAACUCGACAGAGGUUGCUUCCAUGGUCUUAUCAACUCAAGUGGCCCAGAGAGGCGUGUUAAAUUCUCCAAUGCUACAGACUGACCCCAUUGUUAUGAAGUUUGUGUUUGAUGCUGAUAGUAACUCCAGUACUGCUAAGUAUAUCUGUGCUUUCUGGCAAUUCUCAACUCCCAUUGGCUCUGGGUCGUGGGAGACAGAUGGUGUGGCCAUGAUGAGUCAGGAGUGGAGCGCUGACAACAAGACACUCACUAUCACAUGCAAUGCCACUCACCUGACCAGCUUUGCCGUUCUAGUAGACCUCUCAGGAACUCUCGAUGCUGGGAACAAUGACACUGGUGUGAGUGUUACUGAGCUGCUAGCAUUGCAGAUCGUUUCAUACAUUGGCUGUGCUAUUUCUCUGAUUUGUCUCCUGGCAACUAUCAUCUUCUUUGUAGUUAUGGGGUCAGAGCUCUUUCGCAAGGUUCACUAUUUCAUCCACCUUAAUCUCUCAAUCAGUUUGUUCCUCGGCUACCUCAUGUUUGUGGCAGGUAUAGAGACGGCCAGGGCUAAUCAUGGUGCGUGUGUGUUUGUGGCUGUCUGGUUGCACUAUUUCUUCCUUGCCUCCUUUUCCUGGAUGCUGUGUGAGGGAAUUAUGCUCUAUCUUAUGCUUGUGGUUGUCUUCUCAAAGCUCUCUGAGAAAUGGUGGUUCUUCUUACUGGUAGGAUAUGGUCUCCCUGUGAUACCAGUGGUGAUUACGGUGGCUGUAAGCACAGCUGGGUAUGGCGUGUAUACUGAAGGCAUUCUAAACUAUUGCUGGCUGCCCACUUCCAAUGGAGUGAUAUGGGGCUUUGUGGGUCCAAUGCUGGCCAUCAUUAUGGUGAACCUAGUGUUCUUGGUUAUCGCCCUGGUGACAGUAUUCAGGGCAGCUCGUGGUUCGGUCAAACGGGGGAGAACGAUAACAGGAAAGAGGAGAGAGUCUGAGAGCAUGGACAUAAGUGAAAGAAAAACACUCUUUGUCAAACUACUGACUAGCACACUAGUGCUGUUGCCUCUGCUGGGUGUGACGUGGAUACUGGGCAUCUUUACAGUUAAUGACAACACCACUUUGUUUGCCUGGCUCUUUACGAUCAUCAACUCACUGCAGGGUCUAUUCAUCUUUUUCUUCCAUGUUGUGAGAUCAGACAAGGUGUGGAACAGCUCCAGAGCAAGGUCAGCACGGGACACCCUGCGCAAGCAGGUGUCGCGGAGCAGUCUAAAACUGCCACCCAAUAAACGUUACACUUUGGAGAGAGGUGAAACAACCGCUUCUAUUCUCAAUGAUGAUAUUUCCUCAAGUCAAAAAGUCUCUGUUAGUUUGGGAGAUUUUGAAGAAAAUCUGGAGGAACAGCUUGAAAUGCAAGAAAGUGAACAAGUUAUAAAUGUUCCCCCAGAUGUUGUCACCGCAUGUAAAAUUGAAAAUGAUGGUGUCGGAAACAAAGAGAAUAUGGCAAAUAAAAAAGAAAGUGCAAAAAUUGUUGAUCAAUCUGAAACUACAUGUACGUAGCUCCAAACUGUAAACUAUUAUACUAUUAUGAGAUAAUGAACACAUGAACACACAUAUGCAAGUAUGCUUGGAAAACAUUAAUUUUAUGGUCAUAACUAUAAUUAUGUACAUGUCUGUCAAUAGUUUCUUUGUUGUACGUUGCACAACUUUUUAUCUUCCCAUUAAUGAAUUUUGCAUACACUUG